AUGGUAUCUACCCGAGCCACCGCUAACGCCCCCUUGCUCGCCGCUACCGUCGCCGCCGGCACCAAUUCUAUGGUGCAGACCAUGGAUGCACUCUCACCACCUACCACUGGGACCGGUGAGACGAAUUCCGACGACAUGGAGGUGGAAAUUCACGAUUUGACCUCUCCGGUGGCCAAAAUGCGCGAUUUUGGCUUGAACUCGUUUCCGGCAACGCGCGACGCCGCCUCCACCGAUCCUGCUUCGCCGCCUAUGGUGCGUGAGUAUGCCACCUCCCCGGGUCCCAUGGUACCUGUCGGUGUGCCAAACGGCACCUCAAACGGCGCCACGGGUGCAAAGUUGGGUCCUUCGACGACGUUGAGCCACCACCUGGCCAUGGCUAGCCGGCCUGGGACCACCACCGCGAGUGCUGCAACCGCUCCUGCGCCUAUGCUGCGUGACCGGUCAGCCUCACCACCAUCCACCGGACCUACCAGAGUGGCCAGCGACGUCAUGGGCGUCGACGAUCACGAUUUGGGGCCGCCGGUGACCGCCAACGACGAUUCUGGCCGUUCGGGCCUAUCCACCGACAACACCGUCAGCCCUGGCGAUGCGCGAAGUGAUGUAUCGUCCCAAGCCACGUUACCUGCUCGUGUUGGUGACGCUGGAUCGUCCGAAAACGUCAACCCACGCUCGCUCCCUCGCGCCCGUGGCUCUGCAGCUUCGGCUACGACUGCCACCUCGCCGCCGUCGACCGAUCCAUGGGCUGCCUGUGCUGCCAAACGCGCCGAGGCCACCAAGACCACUCGCAUCAAGGAUGUGGGUGCCCACCGUCCGUCGAUGGUCGACCUGGCACCUCUCUUGGCCAAGCACGCUGCCGGAACGCUCGCCUUCCAUGACACCAUGCCUAUCCAGAAGCACGACAAGCGUGAGGUCGUCGGGUGGCUGCACAUGGACACGGGCAACCAUACCAAGGCGAUCAACGAGGAUGCCGCCAUGGCGUCGCUGCUGCACGACAACCAGUCGUUGGUCAAGGGCGACACCCUCGUUGACGUCAUCAAAUGUGAGAAGGAUACCCAAAACCGUAUGUUACGGUGGGGUAUCGCCAGUGACACUGCUCUCCGUCAACUUCAAGGAACGACAUUGAAGUUGCGUGUGACCACGACGUCUGGGAAGAUCAAGACCACCACCAUGAUGUCGUUCCAAAUGUCCCUUCCACACGUGCUCGAUGGGUUCUACAUGGACAUCCCGGCUGGCCUGCAAGGUCUGUUUGAGGAACGGCUCCUGUUUGAAACCCUGCAACGCCUCGAACCUCGUUUCCUAUGGGGUCUGUCACCCAAUGCGUUUGCGGCACUCCACGAGCGUUGGAACGUUGGACACGCGGUGCACCGGGCCAACCACGAUGGUGUGAGUUUUGAAUCCAUCAUCCCCGAGCUGCACCAGCCCGACAACGACCUUGCCCACCCCACUGCCGACGAGUAUGUGACGUGCCCCAAACCAACCAAGGGCACAGUCUCACACGUCGAGGUGCCUCUGGAUGAUCUGCUGGCCGAGCUGCAACUCCUCGAGGCCCAAUCCAGUGCGGCUAUCCAGCACCAUGAAUCCCAUGUGGCAGAUGCUGUUCGUGGCAGUGAGUUCGAUCUAGCCACCAUGGUGAACUCUGGCCGUGUGGAUUCGAUCUGCACCAUGAUGGCACGACACCCAGUGGACUUUGGGGUCCAGCUGCAUCGUCUGUUCACUGCAGAUCGCCCCACCUUUGAGCUGCUCAUUCGCCAGCGUUUGUUGCACCGCUGGCUCCGUGCGACCUGGGGUGGCUCAGCAUCAUUUGACAAGCUGUACACCAAGUCGUUUGGACACAAGAUGACCAGAGAGUCGGUGGUUGAGCUGUUCCGGGCCCUGCAACACUCCGACACCCUGGCACCCAUCGUUUCCGAGACGGAAGCUGGUGACGAGCUGACCCUGUCCAGAUUGGACUUGGAACUGGUGCUGGCACUGGCUGAGGUGCUUGCAGCAGCCCAUAGCCCUCUCUACUUUGCAUCCGAUGCAGCCGUCAUGGUGUCCACUGGAUGCACCAUUGAGAUCAUCCCUGCGCACCGUGGGCUGCGCUCCCUCUCGGCUCCAACCAUGCUAGCUGUCCUCAUGUCAACCCACCUUGGUGAAGAGCUGUGGCGCAUCAUGGAAACGAUGUUUGAUGGUGAUGACGACAUGAACCGAGUCAUGGCGCACCUGUACGACAUUCACGAGAGUGGAUUCGUCAGCCUUCCACACAUCGGCAUCACACGAUGGGAUCAGGAAUUGGGCCGAUUUGUCGUCCCGACUGACGAAGUGGAUGACACUGCCACCCCGGUGGACGACUCCACCAUGACCCAAGUGGUCAACCGUCAGUACUAA